AUGGCCGCCCAGCGCCUGGAGUGCCCCGUCUGUCUUGAGGUGCAGGACGGGCAGCAGCACCAGUGCCGGGAGGGCCACGUCUUCUGCGCCUCCUGCGACACCAACCUGCGAGCCCCGCGCCGCUGCCCCGAGUGCCGCAUGGCUCUCGGACCGCUGAGCCAGGCCAUCCGAAACAGAAGCCACGAGGAGCGGAUCGCGGCGCUGCCGGCGGCGUGUUCGCACUGCGGGGUGGCGACGACCCGCGGCGAACUCGCCGCCCACGAGCAAGGCUGCCCGCAGCGGCCGCGCGCGUGCGCCGCGGCGGAGGCUGGCUGCGCGUGGUCGGGGCUGCUGGCAGACAAGGCGGCGCACGAGGCGACGUGCCCCUUCGCCGUGUGCCAGCGCAUGAUGGCGCCGCUGCGAGACCAAGUGGCGGCACAGUGUGCGGAGAACGAGCGGCUGCAGGCCCAGAUGGCGCCGCUGCAGACCGAGGUGGCAGAACUGCGGACGGAGAACUCACAGCUGCGGUCGCGCAUUAGGCGCUGA